AUGGCUCCGACGCUGAGAACCAGGGGCAAUGCGCAAGCCUCGAAGACUGUUGCUAGUACUGGAAGUAAGAGAAAACGAGGUGGAGCUUCAGCUACACAUGCGGAUCCGGCGCCAAAGAAACGGAAAGGGAAGAAGACAGCGGAUGCUGUUUCCGACAAACGAACAGCUUGCCAGAAAGCUGCUGAUGACGAGGCAAACACCAAAGAGUUCCGCAUCAAGUUCUAUCCGGAAUUCUACCCACCGCAUCCAGGAGAUGUCCCUGAAGAACAUCAGAUAAAGUUCAAGCAUAUUCAGCAACUGGGCAAGAUGAGCUACGAGUCGUAUGCGAUACAACCUCGACCUGACACCAUCGACAAGCCAUGGGAGCUCGAGAACAAGAGGCGGGCUAAGCAGAUGAUCUACUGGGCUCUUCGAUCGAGAGAUGAUUACCAGAACGAGGAUAGCUGGAGAAUGGAACUUGAGCCCUACGUCUUUAAACGGUUUAAGAUCGAAGUUGGAUGUUUGAGUACAGGACUGACCGAUAUCUUCACUUAUCGUAUUGGCGAGCGAAGCUUCAUUCAGAAUGACCCAGAGAAUUGCCAUCGAAUUGAGAAGAAGCCUGAUCGAGUCUACGGACUAAGGACUACUGAAGCCAUGGCGGAGAGUUUGCAGCAACUACACAUCUCCCACUUGGGAGAGAACACUGCGCUCGAAUAUUUGUCUAAGAGACUGACCAUGAGCUGCAAUCCAGACGGUGGUGACCAACCCUGCAUAUACCCUUUCCUAGCGAUGGAAGCCAAAAGCCUCAAAGGCGAUGGCAAUUGGAAAGAGAUCGAGACGCAAACAGCAAUACCGAUACGUAAUCAUCUGAACCUACAGCUCCAACUCCAAGAUGACAAGGACAACAGGAUGAAGGUGCCAGGAGGCCCACUAUCUUGGUUUCUUGCGUACAUUGGCGAGCAGUGGAGGAAAGUUAUCCUCCUAUGGGAGGGGAGUAUCACCGGCCACGAUGCAGCACUCCAAUUGGUUCUCAUUAUGGACUAUAUAGUUGAUUGGGCGCGUGAUAUCUACCGGCCCAAUAUCAUUAGACAACUGAAGUCUGUAAUAGACAAAGGUCAGCAGUCAUCCUAUACAGUCACCGCAGACCCUGAUAUCCUCUCAAGGACUGGUUACGCAAACUCCCGGAUUGGCGAUGGACCUUUCGCUGCCAUUAGCAGAGUUGAAACGGCUCAGGUGCUUGCGGAACCAGCCUUCGAUGCAACAAACUCCACCGUUGUGCCUUCUUUCGAACCUCUCUUCAAGAGCACUGGAAAAUAUGUUGAUAUCAGGGUCUGGGAAAGUGCCAAGUACGAGUCACGAGUACGAGGGCUGUAUAUUACCGGAACCGACGAUGAUGCUAAGAAAAACAUCAUGAAAGCGAGCCGGGAAGAAUUGAGAACGGUCGAUGCGAGCCGCUGUUGGUUCUUCUUAUCAAGCGCCCAGGGACUCAAAAUCAUCGAACAGGCAUGGACCGGGCUCGAAAACACCAAAGACGACAGGGAUCUUCCACAGCAGAAAAUCCUGGUUUCGCUUAAUUUGCGAUACCGUAAGGACAGUGACGGUGCACCUAUUCGAGAGUUGACGUAUAUUGCGCUCACUGAGUCAGUCGCCCAGGGCAUGUGGAGAAUGGACGACAUAUUAGCGCAGAAAGAGCUAGUUGUUCACGCCGACGAACUUGAGCUCAAGCUGCGUGAAGCCUGGGCUUCAAGUCCCGAGAGCUACUUUCGGCGUUACGCCAGCGACCAGACUAACGUGCUUUGUGUCACCGCAUCUGAACAAGAAAAAUUGGAUGGUCGUGUCGUUCUCAGCUUCCACAGCGACCGCGAUAUCACGUCAUGGGCAAGAACACUGGACGCUUUCAUCGAACGCACUUGCGAGAAUCCACGAGCGCAUCUGAAGAGGUCGAUGCUACGUGGGUAA